AUGGAGGCGCUGCUCCCGAGCUCCAUCUCGCCAAAGAUCAGCACGAUCCUGCAGUCCCACGUGUACCCGCGGUUCGGCCGUGUGCUGCGCGCCCUCGCCAGGGUCAAGUCCGCGCUCCUCGACGCCCUCGGCAGGACCAAGUGGGGAGCGCGGCGGCGGCGGAGGAAGCAGCACACCGCCAUCGGCUGCGGCCGCUCGAAGACGAAGAGGACCAGCAGGCAGCAGGCCGCUACCUUCGCGAAGAGGCCACCGCAUCUCACCUGGUCCGGCGGCUUGUCGCCGGCUCGGACCGCGGCCGAGGCGACGCUGGACGUGAACUACCACGUGUACCCGUGCUACGACUCGGCGUGGAGCGUGGUUGUCGUCCCGCCAGCGGCUCCCGGCGGCAUCGAGGGCGGCACGGCGGCGGCGGGCGAGUACUGUGGGUACCUGCGCUGGCUCGAGGAGGAGAUGCCGGACGAGGUGGUGGUCGUGGAGAAAGACGACGAAGGGGAGGAAGGCGCCGGCGCCGGCGGCGGGAACGAUAUCGACCGGUUAGCGGAGCAGUUCAUCGCGAGGUGCCGUGCUAACUUCUUGCUGGAGAAGCAGGAGUCGUACGACCGGUGUCAGGAGAUGAUCGCCAGGAGCCUCUGA